AUGCCGCGGUCCAAGGAGCAGCAGGUGUUAGCAGAUUCUGUGGCUGCUACGCUUGAGAGGAUGCGGUGUGCAUCUGCGGACGCGCUGCCUGCAGAUCGCAAGCGUGUAUAUGUCGAUCUUUUAGAGGCAGCAGCGCUGGAUGUUCUGGACGCGUCGCAGUCUGUGGAGGACAUGCGUGCUGUCCGAGAUCUUGUUGCCAAAGCAGAAGACGCCAUGGUGAGUGGCGUGGGGUCUGAGGCAGAGGACGGCCGGCCUGAGGGCCUGGAGCAAUCCGAGCGGGACACGCCGCAGGUUGCUGAGAAUGAAGUUGGGGCGCCGGGGAAAGAAGAGGUUGCCCAGUCAGCGGCGCCAGCUGACCAACCACUUCGCAGCAAGACCAGGUAUUACUACCUGCAUGGCAUGCUGUGGUGGGAAGCAGAACAGCGUUCCGUGAAGGAAGUGCAUGCGGCCUGGUACGAACAGCAGCAGGGCCCUGCUGCGGUGCCGGAUAGGAUCGGCGUGGCUCGCGACACCGCAGCCGCAGAGGAGAAGAGGGUAGCCCAAGAAGGCGUGGCGUGGAUCGCGCCGGUGCCACGCGAAGAGUCGCGGGCGCGUGAGACGCGUGAGCCGCGUUCGCACAGCAGGGAGAAGAAAAAGUCUGACACGAGGCGUUCGCGCAGCAAGAAGACGAAGAAGGCGGACAGUCAGGCUCGCGGAACGCGUGCUUCGCGUUCGCGCGGCAAGGAAGAGAAGAAGGCUGCCAGGACAGGGACGCGUGCAACGCGCACGUCGCGUUCCCGCAGCAAAGAGAAGAAGAAGGCGGCGCGUGAAACGCGUGCGUCGCGUCCGCGCAGCAAAGAGAAGAAGAGUGUCGCGGCAGCCUCCAGCGCGACAUCUGGCAAAAAAAAGGAAAAGGACGGGAAGGUUGCAGCCUUGCCUGCAUCGCAGCCGAAGACAGUUGUCAAAGAAGAGCCUUCAUCGAGUGAUAGCUCCAGCAGCUCUAGCUCGGAGGAGAACAAUCCCGCGGAAAGCCCCGGAAGUUCGGCUGCUCCAGUGCCGAAGCCGGCUCCUGCGGUGCCAAAGGCUGCUGUGAAAUCGCUAAACCAAAAAAAGGCUGAGGAUGCUGCUGCGCACGACGCAGCGAGCAGCGCAGCCCGUGAGCGUGCUGACCUAGUCUCCCAAGUCGUGAGCAUUGUCCUCAAGUUUUUCAGUUCUGCCCUUCCCAAAACAUACUGCUGCAGAGCGAUGGCGACUGUAGAGCAGACGCUGGCGCAGACGCAGCCUGAAGCCGCAGAGGUCGCAGCUGAAACUGAAGCGAUUGCGGCGCCUGAGCAGGCGCCUGCGCAGAUGGACGGUCCAGAAACCGCUGUUGCCACAGCGCCUUGCGCUAAGUGCAAAGAGACCGGAACGAUCAACGACAUGGUCUUCCGACCGCAGUACAGAAAUGGACUGCAGUAUACAUGCAAGGGUUGCAAUGCUGUGACUGCACAGCUGCAACGCAAUGGACUCUUUGUUGGGCAGCUGUUGAAGACUGAAGCUGACAUGGUGCAGUUUUAUUCGGACGCCGCUCUUGAGCGCAAGAAUUGCGAGCAAGGCCGCCUCACAUUUGCAAGGAGCAGAGCGCUGCUGAAGAAACAGAUGGUGCACGAAAUCCAGCACCGCACCGCCGAUGGUCGCGACGCCGAAUGGCAGCCGCUGUCGGUCUUCGAGCUGCGAGGCUAUGAUGUUGAGGCGAUUCGCGCUAAGGCGCCCAUGGAGCUGCACCCAGUUUUAGGGGAAACAUUCAAACUGGAUAUUCACAAAGAAUCUGUUGAAGCCAUCACCUUGCAGGUUGAAAGGCAGCUGGCCGAAAUGGAGCAUGCUGCGCUUGAGCGCAAGAAGAGCUCCGCUUCUGCCAGCACGGCUGCAGUCCCAGACCUAGACUUGGAAACCAUUACUGACGCUCCGGAGCGCAAAAGAAAAGGCCCAUUGACCCAGGAGGAAAAAGACGCAAACAAGCAGGCGCGCGUCGCAGCAAAGAGGCAAGAAGAUGACCGCAAGAUUGCGGCAGCAUCUGCAGCCAAGGUGUUGCCGCAGUUGAAAAAGGUGCAGAGCAACUUGAAGGACAAGAUCGGCCGCAUGGGUGAAGCCAUGCAGCAGCUGCCUGCAGCCAGCUUGGAACAAGUGCAGAAGGCUGAAGCCAACUUGGACCAAGUCGUCACCAAGGCAUCGCAGCUUCUGGAAACGGCUGCAAAGAAUAAGCCGUUCGAUACUGUGGAUUUGAUUUGGAAGAAGGAAAAGGAACUGUCGCAGUUCGCCAAGGACGGCAACCAGGCUAUCCGCACGAUCCAAGAUUUCAAGCGCGGCAGCACGCCGGCCAAGCCUUGUGGCAAAGGGCGUGGCAAAGGAAAGAAGGGCGCAAGGCUUGGUGAUAUGUCGCAGUCGUGCAACGUUCUACUUGUUGCUGUGGCUGCGCAGACGGCUUGUGAAAGCUUGCGCAAGGACGCAAGCCCAGAGGAUUUAAAUGACCUUGGUCAUGGCUCCGUAGAAUUACUGCGGGAAGUACUGACGCAGAUCAAGAUUGACCAAGCUUAUCCGGAGUUGAAAAAGAUAGCAGAAGCCAUGGGGCUGCUGCUUCUUCUUUUAAAGGGCCUCUUGCUACAAUGGGACUGUGACGACUUCCCAAAGGCAAUUUUCGAAUUGCCAUUGCAAAGGCUGCCGCGUACGUGGCCCAACAAAGUCUAUACGUUGGCCCACCCAAGUCCGCAGGUUUUGGCACAAGAAGUGAAAGCGAGUCUGCGCUUUCUGGCAAAGCAUAAGGUAUUCGAAGAAGAGCCUUGGCAGCCGAUCCACUCCCAGUUGACUGUGUAUCUAUCCGCAGCUCCGUUUUCUUUUGGCCCAGUUGGUGUAAAGAACAUGCUUCCGAUGCCCCCGUUGAAGCGCCGGCGCCUGGAAAGCGUCAUGGCGCGGUAUAGUGAAACCAGUAUUGCGCAAAUGCAAAACUGUGAAAGGGAUCAGAAAAUUGACAAGCAAAGAACAGGAGCGCAGAAGCGCGCAUUCGCGCUCGCGCUGGCGCCAGCCCGACACUGCUUCAGAGCGCUCGAUGCGCCAGACAAAGACGAUGGGGGAAAGGCUGUGACUUUCACAGUGGCAAAAAUCCCAGAGCUCCUCCAGUACAUCGCAAGGAAGUGCCCUGAUGUCCGAGCCGAUUUGGAAAGGGCGUCUUCGCCUAUCCAAGUUGUUCUCAGCUGGGAUGAGACCACAGCUGGCAAUGUGCUGGCCACGGCAGCACGCAUGAAGGCCACAAUAUUCUAUAUCACCUUCAAGCAUUGGCAACGCGUGCAUGAGUCACAGCAUGCAUGGAUCCCAGUAGGUGCAAUUAGCCACGAGCAAGCUGAGCAGAUACCUGGCGGUAUGAGCAUGGUCCAUAAGUUGUUUCUAGAAAACUGGUUGGAACAACGCUUGGACCAAGGUAUGUGGCUAUCGCCCAGCACCAAAAUCUAUCUGCAACUGACUCUUUUCGUUGCAGACGCAGACGCGCAAAGAGCCGCGCUGGCUGGAAAGGGAAGCGCAGGUCUGAAAUGCUGCGCGUUUUGCCGAAACUGCUUAGCAAAAAACUCAACUGGAGCAGCUGUGGACACAACAAAUUUUCGCACCAUAGCGGAAGCGAACGUAAACUGGUUCACUCCCAACACACAAGAGCAGCUCCAAAAUUAUAUCCGGAAAGCAUUGAUCCGCUGGCCAGAAAUGACAAAGAAGGAUAAGGACAUCAUAGAACGAUGCCUCGGGUUCAACGUCAGUCCCAACACUGUGUGGACAUCCGACAUGUGCUGCACAGCGCUACCUUUGUCGCGCUACAUGAAUGAUUCGAUGCACUGCUACUUCGCCAAUGGCAUUGCAGCCGUGGAAAUAAACUUGCUAGUGCAAGAAGUGACGCGCAGCACGGGCAAAACCAUUGGUGACAUCAAGCAAGCAGUGCUCCAAGCUGGCUGGAAAAGACCGGGGCAGUUAUUGCGGGAGGGUCAAACAAAGUGCUGGACUGGUCGUUUGUUUAUUGCGGCGUUUUUUCUUGGUCAGAUAUACAAGGGGAGCGCCAAGCAAACCCGUGCAUUGCUGCCUCUCCUUUUGUGGUUGGCAGAAAGUGUCUGGAGCAAGAUUGAAUCGCUGCGGCCUAUGGUGGACUCCUUCAUGAAGCUGUGCCAAUGUGUGACAUGCUUGCGGAAAAUUGCGAGCAGUAACGACUGGGACGAACUCGAAAGAGUGCAAGAAGCCCACCAGCUGGCGUUCAGUCGCACCUAUCCGGAAGAAAUUCGGCCCAAACACCAUCAUCGGUUGCAUUUGCCCCAACAAUACCGUGCCGCCGACUUUGUUGCCACAUGCUGGGGCACAGAGUCAAAGCAUCGCUGCUACAAAAGCAUAUAUGCCCGGAACCUUCAACAGUUCCUGACGGAGAGAAAUGGAGGAGUAGAGUUUUCUGAACGGCUGCUCCCACGACUUCUCCUCCGCAGUGCAGAACUCUGUCAGAACAUGACCCUGCAACCAAGAACAUUCCAACUGGAGAAGCUGUUCGAUGAAGCUGAAGUCAAUAGAUUGGCGGCUGGUCUGGAAGGCUGUCGCGUCGGAGCCCGUUGUCGAGUGGCGUUGCUGCAGCUGCAAGAAGGGGAUCUCUUGCUGCACGGCAAAAAAAAAAAACAGAGGCCGGAGUGUGUCACUUCUUCAUUGACCAAGCCAAUGAAUUGUUCAUUACGUGACCAUGCUGAUCGACAAGGGCCCAAUGGAGGAGAAACCAGUGAGCCACAGGAGAUGCCACAGAAGCGACGCAAGGUGGAGACGCCCAACGCGACCCCAUUCGUCCAGAAGCAGAUCCAAAAGAAGGAGAUGCCACGGAACACCAAGGCACAGGAUCCCGCCAUUGGGCGCAAGAACAAGUUGCUGGGAGAGAAGGACGUCCGACGACCCAAGGAGAGUGGGCCAGAGCCUGCUGCAUCAUCGGUGCCGGAACCCCCUGCGCCACCGUUGCCACCGCCACCACCACCUUUGGACGCAGAGAUGUCUGCAUAUCCGAUGGCAUCGGCACCCUUUCCACCCCCUCCGCCACAGGCAAGAAUCAAUGAUGUCUUUGUUUGUUUCGAAACAUUGCUUGUGACACAUUGGCAGGAGGAGCAGAUGUUGAUGAUGCAGCGCAUGCUGCAGGCUUGGCCAAUGUGCGACCGGCGAAGUCGGGUGACGGUGGAUUCUACGUGGAGGGCCACUACGUAUCGGCCCAGGGGGUGUGGCACGAGCAAUGCAGUGGGCGAGCGUGCGCACGGUGGCCCCACUGAUGACUAUGUAGUAACUGAAGAAGACAUGGACGCAGAGCAGUAG